AAUAUUAUAUUAUCAUUGUUUAAUUAAUCAGAUUUAAUCUGUAUAUUCUAUUUUGACUUCAAUCUUAUUUAUAUAAAAAAAAAUUCAAGAUGAGAUUAUUACAUUCAUUGAUAAUAUUGUUGUUUGUGUUGCUUUUAUUGAUACAAUUUGAUUCAAAUCCAAUUGUAGAUGCAACGGAUGAAUCAUCAAAAUCCAUUUCAAAAGCAACCAAAGGUAUACAAAAAGUGAAAUGUAAAGAAAAAGUUGAUGAAGCAUUGAGACAGUAUUUCAAAGGUGAUGAUAACGAUGAUGACGACGAUGACAAUGAUGAUGAUGAUGAAAAUAAUGUUAAAAGAGUUUAUGAAUCAACCGUAAAACCAUUGGAAACUAUCUAUAAAUAUCGUCAAAUUACGACCAGAUUGAUUACUGAUUCGGAAAUUUUUUCAAAACCAAUGAUUCUUUUUCUUGGUGGAAAAUCAACUGGAAAAUCUUCAAUUGUCAAUUAUUUACUUGGUAUUGAUGGUACACCUUGGCAAAUACCUACAGGAGCCGCAUCGCAAACAAAAUUUUCGAUAUUGACUUAUGGCGAUAAUUAUACACAUCUAAGUCCAAUAGAAUUGGCUGCUGAUUUUACAUUUUCUAGUCUACAACGGUUCGGUGAACAAUUCAUUGCUGAUUAUAUUGAUGCUCGACGAUUGCCCAUCAACAUUUUGCAAAAGAUGGUUAUUGUCGAUAGUCCUGGUUUGAUCGAUAUGAUACCAACAGCAAUGGCCAAACAAACCAUUGAUAAUGAUGUCUAUCAAUGGUUUAUUGAUCGUUCGGAUGUCAUCUAUAUUGUCAUCGAUGUUAGCCAAUUACAUUUGUCCACUUCGCUACGCGCUUUAUUAGAUCAACUUAAAGGUCGUGAAGUUCGAUUCAUUAUAGCAAAAGCUGAUAUGGCAUCACAUUCUCAAAUAAUUUCAAUGUUUGGACAAUUAUUAUGGGUAUUAUCGCCCAUCAUGUCACAUGAACGUCCACCUAUGGUUUAUGCACUUUCAACAUUACCACAGGAUAAUUUUGAUGAAUUUAUUGAUAGUCAAGAGACAGGCUGGCUCAAAGAUUUAUCUCAACAAUUGAGUGGAAUUUCACGCAUUGAAUCACAUAUUGCCGAAGUUCGUCGUCAUGCUGUACGUGUUCGUAAUCAUGCCAAAUUGAUUGAUUGUUAUCUUUCAACAUUCUACAAGAAUAAAGGAUUGUUUACGUUUGGUUCAAGUUCAAGACAAUUGGCAGCAGAUAUUGCUGAAAAUCCUCAUCAAUAUCGUAUAUAUUCCGGUGCAUUUAUGGGUCAAUUACAAAAUGUAUCUCGAUAUGAUCUUCCCGAUCCAGGAGUGUAUCGAGAAUUUUUCCGAUCAAAUCCUUUGAUCGAUUUCAAGCCAUUAACAUCUACUUGUUCAUAUUUUCGUGGUUGUCCUAUUGAUCGACUUGAUGUGGCCAUUGCCUAUGAUCUACCGGAAUUGGUUGGCAAAUAUAAAAAAUUAACUAAAACAAAAUUGGAACAAAACUAGCUAACAAAAAAAA